AGGCGAGCCCGCAACCCCGACACCGCAGGGGCCCGCCCACGCCACCAAAGACAUGGCCCGGCCCGGUGGUUUCCAUUCAUGGGCCUGGGCCCCGCGUUUCAUUUGCGCCGAGCCGACAACUUUGCAUGUUUGCGUGCUGGUUGGGCGGCCCCGGUUGUUGUAAUGUAUGGCGCGCCCAGCUAGGCAUGGGAGAGGAUCUACGCCCCGUUGAGAACUGACAGCCGGGGUGGGCGCGCAGUCCGUCGGUCCUGCGCCGCUAUUUACGCGGCCCGCUCACCGCAGCUUGCUGAAUGCUGGCUCGUGGAGGAGGUGUCUUCCCUUGGCCGCCGGGUAGCUGCCCCGCCCCCCUCGCCUCGCUCCUCUCUGAGCAAGCUGGGGUCGUGUUGCUAAGUGUGCCGGGCGAACGACGUGUCGAUAGGUCCGAUGAUUGCAGCGGCGCGCCUACCUCUCAUUCUGUGGUGCUAUGUUUAUUCCUGAAUGGCCUGUAAGGUGCAUUCCUGAAUGGUCUGCGAGGUGCCAGCCAUCUCCGAAAAAACCCAGCAGCGCACUGAGAACGACCUCCACGGUCAUUCUCUUCCCUGGCCUUUGCGCAUUUUGUGCUUGCCAGUAGGCUUCCGC